GGCGUCCCUUCGACCUGCGUUUCCUGGUCAAUAACGCGGUGUGCAACAUCAUCUGCACCACCACCUUUGGGGAGCGCUUCCACUACGGUGACGAGACCUUCAGGAAGCUCCUGCACCUCUUUGAGAACUCCCUGAAGGAAGAAACUGGGCUCCUGCCUCAGCUUCUCAACGUGGUGCCCAUCUUGUUGCACCUGCCUGGAGUGCCCCAGAAGGUCUUCCGAGAGCAAAAGGCAUUCAUGGACUUCGUGGAUGUGCUCAUAGCCAAGCACAUGGAGACCCGGGACGCCGACUGCGUCCGAGACUUCACCGAUGCUUUUUUAAAGGAAAUGGACAAGGGUAAGGAGACCGAGGAGAAUGGUUUCAACUACAACAACCUUCGCCUGGUGACCGCAGACUUGUUUGUGGCUGGCUCUGAGACCACCUCCACCACGCUCCGCUGGGCCUUCCUCUACAUGCUCCUCUACCCAGAAAUACAGAGCAAGGUGCAGGCAGAGAUUGACAAGGUGAUUGGCAGAGAGAGAUCCCCCAGCAUGACGGACCAGGCGAGCUUGCCUUACACCAACGCCGUGAUCCACGAGGUGCAGCGCUACGGGGACGUGGCGCCGGUGGGGCUGCCCCACAUGACCUACCGGGACACCGAGCUGCACGGCUUCUUCAUCCCCAAGGGGACAACAGUCAUUACCAACUUGUCUUCCGUGCUGAAGGACGAGACAGUCUGGGAGAAGCCAAACGAGUUUUACCCCCAACACUUCCUGGAUGCAGAUGGGCAGUUUGUGAAACCAGAGGCCUUCCUGCCCUUCUCAGCAGGUCGCCGUGUCUGCCUGGGGGAACAGCUGGCCAGGAUGGAGCUCUUUCUUUUCUUUACCACUCUCAUGCAGAAUUUCACCUUCGAGCUCCCCGAGGGCCAGCCCAGGCCACAUGAGGACGGUCACUUUGCCCUCACCAACUCCCCACACCCCUACCUGGUGCGAGCUGUCCCGCGGUAG